AUGGCGAAAAGUGCCCGGGCUAGUGUCAUUAAGCGCAACCGUGCCAACCUUCGCGCGAAGGUGUUCGGCCCCGUCGUCGAUGCCAGAACCGAACGACUCUCCGCCAAACUACAGGAACUUGCAUCGCAGCCCCGGCCCGAGGCUCCAGAGAAGUCAAAAAUGGAUGUUGCAGAAGACGAGACUGCCAAGCCAGACGCAAAGGAAUCUUCCACUGUCGAAGCAAUGGAUAUCGAUGGCAAAGCCAAGAGCGGAGUCCGCAAGCAAGUGCGCGUGAAGAAGCACAAUCGCAAGGCCCGCAACAUGAUUUCGUUUAAGAAACCCCAUUUCAAAUCGAAUAAGAAACCGCGUCUUCCUGAAGUUGUUCGGAGGAUGCAAGUCGAGGGGGAAAGGAUCAAAAUGGUAAAGUUUUGGACGUUCCUUGCUAACCUCUUGAUACCAAUUGGUAUCCUGGUCUUCUCCUCUGGCUUCUUUCCCUACAAACCACUUCUGCCAGGUUUAGCCACUUUCGACGACCUUGACCAAGAUGUCGCACCGGCCAUCUUUGACAAAGUCAUAUUUAUGGUGGUUGAUGCAUUACGCAGUGACUUCGUCUACUCCAAUGAGUCUGGAUUCUUAUUUACACAAAGUCUGAUCCGCGAGGGGGUUGCGCUACCUUUUACGGCUUAUGCUGGCUCCCCCACUGUGACAAUGCCUAGAUUGAAAGCGAUCACCACUGGCUCCGUUCCUUCUUUUCUAGAUGUGAUCCUUAACAUUGCCGAGUCAGAUACCUCGUCGACUCUCGCAUUCCAAGAUACAUGGCUGUCCCAAUUGAAAGCCCGAGGAGAUCGGCUUGUCAUGUAUGGUGACGAUACUUGGCUUAAGCUUUUCCCAGGCAUGUUUGAUCGAGCAGAUGGAACAACAAGCUUCUUUGUGUCGGACUUUGUGGAAGUAGAUCAUAAUGUGACCCGCCAUGUUCCAAACGAGCUUGCUCAAAGCGAUUGGUCUGCUUUGAUCAUGCAUUAUCUGGGGUUGGACCACAUCGGACAUAAAGCCGGUCCGAAAAGCCCUUUCAUGGGAUCGAAGCAACAGGAAAUGGAUGCGGUUGUGAACCAGAUAUAUACGGCAAUGCAAGAAGAACAGCACCUUCAAUCCACACUAUUCAUUUUAUGUGGUGAUCAUGGCAUGAACGAAGCUGGAAAUCAUGGUGGCUCAUCUGCUGGUGAAACAUCUCCUGCUUUACUAUUUGUUUCGCCGAAGUUCAAGGCACUGGGAGUUCAGCUGGAAAGUCCGCUGGAGCCAUUUUCUGAGCUUCAGUACUACCGGACCGUUGAGCAGGCAGAUAUCACGCCAACAUUGGCCAGUCUCCUCGGCCUGCCGAUUCCAUUGAACAGUUUAGGGACUUUCAUUCCAGAGUUUCUAGAUAUGUGGGAUUCCAGCGCCCAUCGACUCAAUGUUCUUUCUCGGAAUGCUAGACAAUUGCUAAACACAGUCAAGGCCACAUUUCCCAGUUCCACGUUCGAUCAGGGCACUGGAUCAAGCUGUGCAUCUGGGGCAGAUUCUGGGAUUGAAGGUGCCCAAUGUGCAUGGUCCCAGAUACACCAGCUUUCCGACAAGCUGGCAGAUGAAGACGCAUUUUCAAGCAUUGGACCAGCCUUACAGCGGUUUUCCUACAUCGCACAAGAUGUGAUGAGUAGCACUGCCAGUAAUUACAAUGUCUCUAGGCUAGUAAUUGGCCUUCUUAUCACAGCCAUCGCAGUCUUACUGCUCCUACCAACCAUAUACCGUGAAUGUUCUCGAUCCACACACACCGGCGUGUUCCUGACAUUCACGGUUUUCGGAUAUGGAAGUAUGAUGUUCGCAAGCAGUUACGUCGAAGAGGAGCAACAGUUCUGGUAUUGGAUUUGUUCAGGCUGGGUUUUCUAUCUCCAUAUCAGAUCGGCAUCACCGAUACAAAAUCCCAGCAGAAAUACAGCCUCCCAGCGAAUCCUUAGACGCUGGAAUCAGACAGGUCAAAAAUUUGCAGCCGAACCAGAUAUCGCCCGUGCCUUUUUUCCUGGUCACCCGGUCAUCCUGUGGGGAUUAAUCAUCCUCACAUAUAUGGAUGCCAGCUAUCAUCUUUUUGUCAGUUUACCAAGUGUAUUGCCUCGGUUGGGUGCUUUGAUCCUGCCAGCUCUGGCAUUCAUAUUCAAACUGAACUUCGUGGCAAAUGAUUCACCCGAACUCCUUGUCGACUCCUUUCUAUCAAAAAUCGUCGCGGGAUGGCCUAAUAGUCUAUCAUUGGUUUGGCAGGCAAGAAGCGUCUUUGGUGGCUUAGCUUGCUACGUCCUGUUGGCCAUCGUCGGGCUUAGCCGAAAAGAAAAUGCGCGAACAUCCAAUGUCGUUGUUCACGAAGCAAUCCAUCUGCUUCUGAUGACACAGUCCCGAGUAACCAACAUUCCGCUCUUCCUGCUCUUCCGUUUCCAAGGCAUGAUUCUAUCAUCUAUGAAUCUCAACGGGAUAGAAGUGACCAUCACGACGCUAAUUAUGCAGUACAUGACCUUCUUUGCCUUUGGAGGUUCGAAUUCAAUAUCUUCUGUGGACCUGUCCAGUGCCUAUAAUGGAGUCGGCAGUUAUAAUGUGAUAAUGGUUGGGUUCUUGACGUUUGUGAGUAACUGGGCAGGUCCUAUCUGGUGGGUUUCGAAGAGCCAGGUGCUUCGACCUUACCAAGAGGAAAAUCACAGCCCAGCAGCCCUACAAACAUUCCACAUCGCAACAUCUAUAGUUUCGGUCAUGGCGGCCUGUACUGCCCUGAGAACCCACCUGUUCAUCUGGACAGUGUUCUCUCCAAAAUACCUCUACACCAUGGCGUGGGCGAUUGUCAAUCAUGGUGCAGUGAAUAUUCUGGGUGGCAUCGGCUUAUCAUUCCUUGGAUCUCGGAAUUGA